AUGGCGCUCUCCAGCAGCUGUCGUCUUUUAACACUUAGAGUUUGUGUGAGAAAGAUACUGAAUGAUGGAGCGAAACGUUUGUGCAUUCACACUUCAUCUCACAGCAAAGCUUACAGACCGCAUCGGUUAUCCUGUCCGACAUCAAUCUUACCGGCGCUGAGCGACUUCAGUGGAGGAAGGUCGUUGAAAUGGAGCAGGAAGACGGAGUACAGUCAGGGAGAGGAAGCCGCAGUUCAGCACUGGCGCUCUGCACUCUGCGCACUCAUGGCAUUUUCCUUGUUUAGCAGUCCAGAUGAGAGAACUGAGGAGCAGAAGACGGAGGACGAAAUUAUUCUUCUUUUAAAAAAAGCAAAGUACAGCAUGAUGCAGGGGGAGCUUGAUGCAGCAAACGGCUUCUUACAUAAAGCAAUACGACUCGCCCAUCAGAGUCACAACAAUGAUGCCAUCAUUUACACCUACAGCCUGAUGGCUAACUUGGCCUUUGUGCAAGGUCAGCUGGACAAUGCUGAGAAACUGUUUAAAGCAGCCAUGAGUUUUAUGCUGUCCGGAGGAACGUCUCAGGAUGAUAAUGCAGUUAUUGAAAUGUCUCUGAAGUUGGCCACUAUUUAUGCCACUCAGAACAAGAACGAGUUAGCAGAACACGGUUUUCAGUUCUGCACCGAGUCAUUAGAGGCCAAACUGGAGAAACAGAAGGAACUUCCACCAGAUGCUGUGUCAGAAGAGGAACGAAAAGACACAAGGCUGCUGCUGGGCCUCAGUCUGGAUACCCGGGCACGCUACUUGGCAUCUUCUCGGCGCUUCACAGGAGCGUGCAGAGAUUACCGUCAAGCCCUACAGAUCUGUCAGGAGGAACAAGGAGAGACCCAUCCUCAGACACUGGUCCUGAUGAGUGAUUUGGCCACAAUAUUGGAUCUGCAGGGCAAGCAUGAUGAGGCGUUGGCUCUGGUGAAGAAGGCCGUUGAACUGGCCCAGGCUGCUGGUCACCCUGACCAACACGUGCUACUGGGCAACAUGGCUGGCAUUUUAAUGCACAAAGGCGAAUUUGAUGAAUCCAUUAAACUGUAUGAAGAGGCUUUGGCCCUGGCACAGGCAGCUGGAGAUACUGAAGCACUACAGCAGCUCGAGGAGGGACUGAAGGAGCUGAGCAGGAGGAGAGAAGAAAAAAACACCGCCAGUGAGGAACCGUCGGCUGCAAAGUGAUCACACACUUCUAGCUCAAUAGAAGUUUGACAUUCUUCCACCAAACUGAGUCAGAAGAGGUACCAGACUGCGCACAUGACCCUUCAUCAUCAUCUCAUGGACGAUGGUUGUUGGGAAUUUCAAGCUCAUGCCAUAUGUGGGUUUUUCCCCAUGAGGCCUCAGGAUGUCUAAAAGUGCAGUUCCUCUGGAAAACUUGAAUUUAAAAAGGUGGCGUCGUAUGUGACGUCGUACUGUCCAGAGCGAUGGGCAUCAGUUACCUCUCAUGUUGGUUUUCUUAUGUGUUUGAUGUGAUAAAUGAUGUGAAGUGAUGUGAUAAAUGUACAUGAAUGGUAUUUAAUUAUUGUGGAGUUUUCUUUAAUACAUAUAUUCAGAUGUAGUAGUGUUUGUGGUGGGUGUACUAUUGGAACGUUCUUGAGUAACUUUUCACAAACCUAAAAAUGAGCCUCAGAUAUAUGGCUCCGAAAAAGUAUAAGGAACUUCCUAACUUUAUGCAACAUUUAUUUAAGUACAUGUAGCAAAACGGCAGGACGAUUGGGAUCCAGGGUUCGGAUUCAUCUGUUGGUUGUGUGUCUACAUACAGACGUGAUUAGCAAUGUCUGAGGGGGGUUGGCCAAGUCUCUGCAAUGGACUUGCACCCUGUCUAGGAUGUGCUACUGCAUUGCACCCAGUGAGACCAGGAUAAAGUGGUGGGGAAACAUGAAUUAAGAUAAAACAAAACAGGAACUUUGAAUAUUUAUUAGUAUACUGUAGUAUAAUUGGAAUAUCUGCAUCUUUUUUACAUGUACUUUUAUUAUUGCUGUCUUGAUUUUUUUUUAAUAUCAGAUGCCAAAAGCACAGUGGCUUAUCAUUAUGGAACUUUCAGUCGCAAUAAAGUAAGUGAACCCUUUGAAAUGACCUGGAUUUCUAUGUUGUUUGCUAAUAAAAUGCAGUCUGAUUGUUUUGAGUCACAAUUAUAGACAAAGACAAA